AUGGAGUACGAGAACUUUGUUCGCCUUCUUAAAAGCUGUGGAGAUCUCGCAGCCGCGAGAAAGAUCCACGCUCUCAUCGCCAGCAGCGAGUACAGGGGACGGAUCGUCCUCGCUAAUCUCACAGUCGAAAUGUAUGGCCGAUGCUCGAGCGUGGAGGACGCAAAGAGAGCCUUUGACGAGAUCCAGUGUCCAAAUUCCUUCUCCUUGAGCGCGCUGAUGCUGGCAUAUUCCCGGAACGGGCAUUGGAGGCACGCGAGGGAGGUGUUUGGCGCGAUGCUGGAGAGAACUUACGUGGUGUGGAACUCCCUCCUGACGGUAUAUGCCCGUAACGGGGAUUUGGAGGAUGCGAGGAGGAUAUUCUGGCUAAUGCCCAGCUGGAGCGUCGUGACGUGGAGUGCAAUGCUGGCGGCCUUUAACGUGAAGGAGAUGUUUCACGAGGCGAAGAAAUGGUUUGAAAGUAUGCCCGAGAGAAACGUGGUGGGCUGGACGAGCAUGAUAACGGCAAAUGCCAAGAAAGGGUAUAUCCAAGACGCAAGGAUUCUCUUUGAGAAGAUGCCCCAGCACGACGUGGUGAGCUGGACGGAGAUGGUGGACACGUAUGCGCAGCGUGGCGGUGAUGUGGCAGAGGCGCGGGAACUUUUUGAAAGAAUGCCAGCUAAGGAUGUGGUUUCUUGGAGCGCUAUGGUCCAGGGCUACGCGGGGAGCGGUGAUCUCGAUCACGCACAGGCAAUGCUCGAUCGGAUGCCGGCAUUCAGCGUGAUCGCGAGCAAUGCCGUGAUGCAUUGCCUGGCACAGCGCGAUCGAUUCUGCGAGGCCCUGGAGAUCUUCCAUCGAAUGCCGGUCAAGAGCACGGUGUCCUGGAAUAUUUUGAUGGCCGCCUCGAUCCAGCGGGGGGAGAUCGGCGAGGCCAAGGCUCUCUUCGAUCGGAUGCCAGGUAGGGAGAUCGUGGCGUGGACAAUGCUCAUCGCAGGAUACUCUCACGCAGGAAAUCUCUCUCUCGCCAAGAAAUUCUUCGAUAGGAUUCCCCAGAGGAACCAGUUCUCAUGGAGCAGCAUCAUCGCGGCCUACGCGAAGCUGGGACAUCUCGAUUCCGCGCUCGAGGCAUUCCACAGCGUACCAGAUCCGGAUGUGUUUUGCUGGACGGCGAUCGUGGCAGCAUUCGCGCAGAAGGGACUCGGCGACGACGCGAUGGAGCUGUUCCAGGCGCUGAUCCUGGAAGGGAUUGAGCUCGACAGCGUCGCAUUCCUGACGAUCCUCUCGGCAUGCAGCCACGCAGGGAUGCUGAUCCAGGCGCGCUACUUCCUGGAUCGGAUGAGCAGCGACCACGGCAUCGCGCCCUCGAAAUCUCACAAGCCGAGGGGCUGA